UGGUGGCUGAGUUUCCGGGGACCGUAUUUACAAACGGACCGAACGGUGCGAGGAGCCACUCAGCGACAAAACCACAUUUUAACGUUACAUUAACUUUAAUAUUCCUGCGUCUUUCCUUUAGUUGAACAAAAUUAAAACCAGUUUUACUUGUAUACUCUUUUUAAACGACUUCAAGUAACGCGUUCAUAUGGCGGCGGAGUGUGUUUCCCUCUGAUAUGUGACCUUUAUUUUGAAAAACAGACAGAACAGAGACCAUGAAGCUCACAGCGGCUCGUCUGUCCAAAGUGCUGCAGCUCACCCUGGCGGUCAUCAAACCCGACGCGGUGGCUCACCCACUGGUGUUGGAGGCUCUUCACCAGAGAAUCUUGGACAACAACUUUGUCAUUGUUCGACGCAAAGAUCUGGUGUGGAGGAGGCAGGACUCUGAGAGGUUCUACGCGGAACACUCAGAGCGAUUCUUCUAUCAAAGACUUGUUGAAUUCAUGGCAAGUGGUCCAAUGCGUGCGUACAUUUUAGCCAGAGAGGACGGAAUACGUCACUGGAGAGAACUGAUGGGACCCACCAAAGUGUUCAGAGCCAGAUACACCUCCCCCGCCACCAUCAGGGCCCAGUUUGGACUCACAGACACACGGAACACAACUCACGGCUCAGAUUCUGUUGAGUCAGCACACAGAGAAAUCGGUUUCUUCUUCCCGGACUUCUGUGUGGACGAGUGGAUGGAGAAACAGGAGCCGGCGUUCAGAUCUGGACAGUUACACUUCGAUCAUCAAAAACAGAUCCACACACUUUCAGCACAAAGCUGACCCCAGAUCUGCUGAUCAUCAACACACAGGUCAAAGACACAAGCAUAAGGACUCAAAGAUAAAGACCAGCUGCUGAUGCCACAUGCUUUACGUGAUACUGUGAGAACACAUGUUUAUUGUUCACGUCACUUCCUCUAAGUGCCACUAUGUUCCAUGCAUGUGUCGUUUAAAACAGAUUUUCUUUCCUCGUCGUGUGCAGUAUUUUGAAAUAAGGUCCGUAAAUGUUGUAUUAGAUUUAUUGUCAUUAGAAAACACAAUAGACACAACCUCCUGUCCAGGCUUCACUGUAAACAUUACAGUCGUCACAAGUUCAGUUACCUGAGCCACACAGACUGUAACACAGCAGCAGCUACUCAUCAGUGUCAAACGAACACUAUAAUGUAUUUAUGCCAUGUGAAGAUUCAAUGACUUCAAAUAAAACUGUAACGAUACAUUAACACAUAUAUUUGUCCUUAAAAGAAGCAUCUUAAAGUGAAAAUUCUAGUAGGUUUGUGAAAUUUGAAUUUGCCAAAUGAAUUUAAAAAGGGGUCAUCUGCUGUGAUACAGUGUGAAUUCUUCAUUUAUUUUUGGUCUGAUAUCAUAUUCCUGCAAAAUGUCUUUUUUUUAUAUUUUCUUAUAACAAACUACAGUUUUAUGUUUUACAUAUGUUCAAAGUGACAAAAUACAGUGAAACAUGGUGGCAACAGGCACAAUAGAAAUACAUUUCAUGAUAUUAUCUACAAAAUGGCCCAUGUUAUGUGUUUUAACAAAAUGAGAAAAUAUCCGGACUUCAGUCUCAUAAUCUAAAGAGUCUCACACGUCCCUCUUGUGCUUCGUCAGCCUUCACGCUCUUUCAGUUUGUUGAUUUCCCAGUCAUCAUUUUUCUUUGGCUCCAUCCUCUCAAGUGUUUUGUGUGGCCACCUGUUUCAGACUCUCCACAGGUUUCAUCACCUCGUAGGUGGUGAGCGACUUCUUCACCUUCCCGUUCUUGUCCACCUGAUGGAUGCUCUGCGUCACCGUGAUGGUCACCUGCUUUGUGGACAUCCGAUUGUCCUGCCAUUUUGUCUGGGGAUGGUGGGGAAUGAAAGACAGGACAUGGUAAAUAGUAAUACACCAUAAAACUUGUUUUUGGGUUUAUUUGGCAUGAGAGCUAUGUAUUUGUUUUUUUGUUGGAAAAUUAUACAUUAAAUUUCCCCACAGGCCACAGUGA